AUGGCUCAACGAGGUGCUACUAUCAAAAGCAUUGUAUUAAAAGGUCAUGAAAAGCCUAUUACUAAAAUUGAAUUAACUCGUGAAGGAGAUUACUUUGUUUCAUGUUCAAAUGAUAAAACUGCAAUGUUAUGGAGAGUUGAUCCAUUAGUAAGUAUGGGAGCUUAUGCAUGUGCUGGAGCAGUAUCAUCUUGUUCAAUUUCUAAUAAUGGUCUUUAUUUGUAUUUAGCAUCAAGAGAUGGUUCAUUGUAUUGUUUUGAAUUAGAAACAGGAAAACAAGUAUAUAAUAAAUUACCUAUUGCUGGUUGUUAUGCACCAAUUAAAAGUGUUGAAUUAUCACCAAAUAAUGAAAAUAUUUUAGCUGUUAUUGGUGCAUUUAGAACAUUUGCUUCUUCUGUUAAUUUGAUUGAUCCAGAGAUGAAAACAACACCCGUCUCUGUAUUAUCACAAGAAAUGCCACAAUUAACUAAAGCUAAAUGGUUAAGUAAUUCUAGUUUUAUUGUUGGAGAUGAAUUGGGUAAUUUAAAUAUGAAAGAUAUUAGAACACAAAAUAGUGGUCUUCGAUUUGAAUCUCAUAAAGGUGAAAUUACUGAUAUUCAAUCAGAUGCUAAUGAUAUUCUUCUUGGAACUACUGGUAAAGAUGGUAAGGCUUUUGUUCAUGACAUUAGAAUGCCACAAGAAGUUAUUUCAACAUUUGAAUCUGGUUAUCCAUUACAAUCUAUUGGAUUUGCCCCAUAUGCAGAUUAUUAUGCAGUUGGUGGUGGUCAAGAUAAAGCAAUGAUUACUAUGACUCAAAGAGAUAUGACAAUGCUUAUGACUACAUUUGUAAGUGCUGUAGAUGGACAAGAAAUGGUACGUUUACCAGGUCACUUUGGUACUGUUAACACCAUUGUAUUUUCACAUGAUGGUAAGACUAUAUUUACUGGUGCAGAUGAUGGUUGUAUUAGAAUUUCUCCACUAACGAACCCUGUCUUUGCUUCUAAUUGA